CCGCCGCUUCCUCUGCUUGGGUGCUCCUCCGGCCUGACUUCCCCUUUCUCCCACCUUUCCCAGCACCGCGGGAAAAGCAGCGCAGGGCAGAGCAGGCAGGGAGGGCGGCCGGAGCCCGGACACGGGAGCCUCCCAGUCAGUUCAAGACCCGACAUGAGGGAAAAGGGACGUAGGAAGAAGGGCAGGACCUGGGCGGAGGCCGCCAAGACGGUAAUAUGUUUGUCUCUGACUGUCUCUGACUGCUUGGCCCUGGCAGAACAGCUGGGAACCUUCACUACUCUGGUUGGAAGCCCAGAGUAUGUGCGCUGCCUGCUGCCACCCCUGGAGUCGCUGGAGAUGGUGGUACACGAUAAGGCAGUGGAGUCCUUGGGGGCCAUCUCACAUGAGAACUCGCCCUCUGACCUGGAGGCCCAUUUUGUACCACUGGUGAAGCGUCUAGCGGGUGAUGACACUCCCGUGGCGCGGCAGGCCGCAGCCUCCAACCUGGGGGAAUUCGCCAAGGUGCUGGAGCUGGACAGUGUCAAGAGUGAGAUCAUCCCUAUGUUCUCCAACCUAGCCUCUGACUCGGUGCAGCUGCUGGUGGUGGAGGCAUGCGUGAACAUCGCCCAGCUCCUGCCCCAGGAGGAUCUGGAGGCCUUGAUGGUGCCCACCCUGUGCCAGGCUGCUAAAGACGAUUCCUGGCACGUCCGUUACAUGGUGGCUGACAAGUUCACAGAGCUCCAGAAAGCAGUGGGGCCUGAGGUCACCAAGGCAGACCUGGUCCCUGCCUUCCAGAACCUGAUGAAGGAAGGACUCAGCUGUCCCAGUCCCUGCUCGCCACCAUCAUGGAGCUGGCUGAGGACUCUUAAGUGGAGGGUGCAGCUGGCCAUCGUAGAGUACAUGCCUCUGCUGGCUGGACAGCUGGGCAUGGAGUUCUUUGAUGAGAAACUCAACUCCUUGUGCGUGGCCUGGCUGGUGGAUCAUGUCUAUGCCAUCCGUGAGGCGGCCACCAACAACCUGAAGAAACUGGUGGAGAAGUUUGGGAAGGAGUGGGCCCAUGCCACCAUCCUCCGCAAAGUCUUGGCCAUGUCUGGAGACCCCAACUACUUGCACUGCGUGACUACACUCUUCUGCAUCAACAUGCUGUCUGAAGUCUGUGGGCAGGACAUCACCACCAAGCACAUGCUGCCCACGGUCCUGCGCAUGGCUGGAGACCCUGUUGCCAAUGUCAGCUUCAAUGUGGCCAAGUCCCUGCAGAAGAUUGGGCCCAUCCUGGACAACAGCAACCUGCAGAGUGAAGUCAAGCCUGUCCUAGAGAAGCUGACCCAGGACCAGGAUGUGGAUGUCAAUGGAACUUCCCCUCUUGCAUGCCUGAAUGCAAUGCUACACACAAAUUCCAGAGGUGAAGAGGGCAUCUUCUAUAAGGUUCCGGGCAGAAUGGGAGUAUAUACUUUGAAGAAAGAUGUGCCGGAUGGGGUGAAAGAGCUAUCAGAAGGUUCAGAAGAAAGCAGUGAUGGUCAGUCAGAUUCCCAGAGUUCUGAGAACAGCAGCAGCAGCAGUGAUGGUGGCAGCAACAAAGAGGGAAAAAAGAGCAGGUGGAAAAGGAAAGUAUCGUCUAGACUGUCACAGCCAUCCUCUCCCCAGUCAGGCUGCCCAUCACCCACCAUUCCAGCAGGUAAAGUCAUUUCUCCAUCACAGAAGCACAGCAAGAAAGCACUAAAGCAGGCUCUAAAGCAGCAACAGCAGAAGAAGCAGCAGCAGCAAUGCAGGCCAAGCAUGUCCAUCUCCUCCAACCAACAUCUCUCUCUAAAGACUGUCAAGGCCACUAGUGACACUGUUCCUGCCAAACCUGCAAUAUGGGAAGGAAAGCAACCUGAUGGUCAGUCAAGCAGUCCCCAGAACUCAAACUCCAGCUCUUCAUCGUCAGUUAAAGUGGAAAAUCCUUUGCUAGGCUUGGGGAAGAAGUCAUUUCAGAGGUCUGACAGACUCCACACAAGACAAAUGAAAAGGACUAAAUGUGCUGACAUUGAUGUUGAGACACCAGACUCCAUUCUGGUUAAUACAAAUCUGCGAGCGCUGAUCAACAAACACACCUUUUCAGUCCUUCCUGGAGAUUGCCAACAGCGACUGCUUUUACUACUCCCAGAGGUGGAUCGACAGGUUGGUCCAGAUGGUUUGAUGAAGUUAAAUGGCUCGGCUCUUAACAACGAGUUCUUCACUUCUGCAGCCCAAGGAUGGAAGGAAAGACUUUCAGAAGGUGAGUUUACACCUGAGAUGCAGGUGAGAAUUCGACAAGAGAUUGAGAAGGAGAAAAAAGUGGAGCCAUGGAAGGAACAAUUCUUUGAAAGCUACUAUGGUCAGAGUUCUGGCCUAAGCCUUGAAGAUUCAAAGAAAUUGACAGCAUCUCCCAAUGAUCCCAAAGUAAAGAAAACCCCAGCUGAUCAGCCAAAAUCCAUGCUUCCUUCAGAGGCCUCUCCUGUCAGAAUAGGCCCAGUAGUCCCCCAGUCAGAGUGUACAGAGGCAGCAUUGCAAAUGCCGUCAGCAGGCAGACAAGAAGAGCACGAAAGCCCAGACAAGGCACAGCCAAACUUCUCCAAAUCCACAGAGCCCCCACUUGCUUCCGCCAGCAAUACACGUGAGCUUAGUAGCAUUCUUCCCAUCAAGUGCCCAAAGGAUGAGGGUCUCUUGGAGCAGAAGCCAGUUGCCUCUGCUGAACAGGAAUCUGAGAAAGAGAAUCAUCUCACCACAGCUUCUAGUCAUAAGAAAAACGAAAGCCAAGAAUCUUUGAUUAUAUCCCCAAGCAAACCCAAGGGUCCUGAGGUGGAAAAGCCAAUAAUGAAACCUAUAGCAGAAGCAGGUCCACAGGAGACCACUAUGAAAGAACGUCCAGCAACUCUUGUUGAUCAGAGCCCAGAAAGCCUCAAGAGGAAAUCUUCUCUCACCCAAGAAGAGGCCCCUGUGAGCUGGGAGAAAAGGCCACGUGUCACUGAGAAUUGCCAGCACCAGCAGCCAUUUCAGGUCUCGCCACAGCCCUUUCUCAGUAGAGAAAGGGUCCAGGUGCGAAAAGUACCACCUCUCAAGAUCCCGGUCUCCAGAAUCUCCCCCAUGCCGUUUCAUCCAUCGCAGGUCUCUCCCAGGGCUUGUUUUCCAGUCUCCAUCAUUAGUCCUAACAGAACAGGAGCCAGAACUCUCGCAGACAUCAAAGCAAAAGCCCAGCUGGUCAAAGCACAGAGGGCAGCAGCUGCUGCAGCCGCCGCAGCUGCUGCAGCCGCCUCAGUUGGAGGGACCAUUCCAGGACCUGGCCCAGGGGGUGGACAAGGUCCAGGAGAGGGUGGUGAAGGGAAAGCUGCUAGAGGAGGCAGUCCAGGCUCAGACAGAGUCAGUGGAACUGGAAAAGGCCCCACACUGGAACUGGCAGGAACUGGAAGCAGGGGAGGUACGAGAGAGCUUUUACCCUGUGGUCCAGAGACUCAGCCCCAGUCUGAGACCAAGACCACCCCAGACCAGGCGCAGCCUCAUAGUAUCUCUGGAGCACAACUACAGCAAACCCCCUCAGUGCCUCCAACACCUGCCAUCAGUGGAGCAUGCACAAAUGUCCCAUCACCAGCCCACAUAGAGAAAUCGGAUAAUGAAAAACUGAACCCCACCAGGGCAACAGCCACAGUGGCCUCUCUUAGCCACCCACAGGGGCCCAGUAGUUGCAGACAGGAGAAAGCAACUUCUCCUCCAACAGGUCCUGCUCUAAUCUCAGGUGCCUCAUCUGUUCAUUUUGCGGCUGAUGGCACAGUUGAGCCCAAAGCCGGUUCUAGUAAGAAUACACCAAACUCUUCAGCCUCAGCAAAGACAGAUGCUAAUGCACCAGUGGCUAUGACUCCCUCCCCUUUAACAUCUUUACUGACCACAGCCACUUUAGAAAAGCUUCCUGUACCCCAGGUCAGCGUAACUAUAGCACCUACCGGAUCAACUCCAUCCUUGAGCUCUUUGCCAGCAGCUUCUAGCCUUAAAACCGCAGGAACUUCUUCAAACAUGAAUGGACCCACUUCAAGACCAAGCUCUAGUAUCCCUGCUAAUAAUCCUUUAGUUACUCAGCUGCUCCAGGGCAAAGAUGUUCCCAUGGAGCAAAUUCUGCCUAAACCUCUCACCAAAGUUGAAAUGAAAACUGUUCCACUGACUACAAAAGAGGAAAGGGGGAUGGGAGCACUCAUAAGUACCAACACAACAGAAAAUAGCACCAGAGAGGAAGUUAAUGAGCGCCAGGCCCAUCCAGCUACACAGCAGCUGAGUAAAACCUUACAGAGUAAACCGCUCCCUUUUCCAAGGCCCCUUCAGCUCUUUUCACCUAAGGAGCUGAGGGACUCCAGCAUUGACACACACCAAUACCAAGAAGGACUAAGUAAAGCAACCCAAGAUCAGAUCCUUCAGACUCUCAUCCAAAGGGUUCGGAGGCAGAAUCUUCUCUCAAUUGUACCGCCCUCUCAGUUCAACUUCACUCACUCAGGUUUCCAGUUGGAAAACAUCUCCACAAGCCAGAGGUUCAUGCUGGGUUUUGCUGGCAGAAGGACAUCCAAGCCUGCAAUGGCAGGUCACUAUUUACUUAAUAUUUCCACCUAUGGCCGGGGUUCAGAGAGCUUUAGGAGGACCCAUUCUAUAAACCCCGAAGACCGUUUUUGUCUAAGUAGCCCCACUGAAGCCUUGAAAAUGGGAUAUACAGACUGUAAAAAUGCAACAGGAGAUAGUAGCAGUGGCAAAGAAGAUGAUACUGAUGAGGAAAGUACUGGUGAUGAGCAAGAGUCCAUCAUGGUGAAGGAGGAGCCCCAGGUUUCCCAGAGUUCUGGCAAAUGGGACACAAGUUCAGGACCCCACAGUAGGGAAACCCUAUCCACCGGUGAUUGCUUAGCUAACAAGACUGUGAAGGCUGAGACACCAGUGAAUGAGCAAACCACUUUAAGCAAGGAGAAUUACCUGUUCACUAGAGGCCAAACAUUUGAUGAAAAGACCCUAGCCAGAGAUUUGAUUCAGGCAGCACAGAAGCAAAUGGCUCAUGCAGUGAGAGGUAAGACAAUGCGAAGCAGCCCUGAGCUUUUCAAUUCCGCUGCUCUUCCUCUACCUGCAGACAGCCCCGCCCAUCAGCCUCUACUCCUUCCACCACGGCAAACCCCAAAGCUGUAUGGAAGCCCCACACAGAUAGGGCCAAGCUACAGAGGCAUGAUCAAUGUCUCCACCUCAUCUGACAUGGACCAUAACUCUGCUGUACCGGGUAGCCAGGUAUCUAGCAACGUAGGUGACGUCAUGUCCUUUUCAGUGACUGUCACUACCAUCCCUGCUAGCCAAGCUAUGAAUCCCAGCAGCCAUGGCCAGACCAUUCCUGUUCAGGCCUUUCCGGAAGAGAACAGCAUAGAGGACACACCUUCAAAAUGUUACUGCCGAUUGAAAGCCAUGAUCAUGUGCAAAGGGUGUGGAGCUUUCUGCCAUGAUGAUUGCAUUGGCCCCUCCAAACUGUGCGUCUCCUGCCUUGUCGUUCGGUAACGAGACUAGAAGGAGACACACUGCAAAGGCGGGGGAAGGGAUGGGUUGACCAGAUGUGUUUUUUUGCAUCCUUUCGGAAUCACAGAAAUAAACAAGUAAGUUUCAGUUGUCUUAAGAGACAAAUGUUACUUAAUCAGGAAUAAAGAGUACAGAUCUUUUACAUUUUAGAGGAAGAGCACCUUGUAUAGUAAGUCUAAGUAAUAAAGCAAGACUUUGUGAAUUUGUGACAAGUUUGCACUUAAAAAUCAUGUAAAUAUGUCACAUUUUGUUUAGCAUUUUUCCAAGUGUUUAGGUAAUAAUGUGUUACUUUGAAUUCAGAUUUAUGUUCCACUUCAUGUGACUCUGAGAAAAGUUUAAUGCCAUGCAUGGUGAAAGGAAGCUUUCUGACCUUUCCUAAGAGACCAGGAAAAGGAAGGAGUGAAGUAAUGGUCUAAAGAAGUGACCAUUCAUGCUGAUAGUCUGGCUGCAGGUCAUUCAUAGAUUAUUCAGCCUUUGCAGGAUUUGGAUUCAGAGUUUACUCAGUCCCCUUACCUUAGGUGGAAGCUUCUUAAGUUGAAGUAUUUGAUAAGAUAUUAAUUUCACAGGUAAUGUUUCAGAUUCUGAAAGCUAUGACUUGGUUCUUGGCUUCUGUAAACCAGUACUGUGGCCAAGCACUCUGCUUGCAGUUUGUGGAUCCCUGCUGUUCCCUAGUCCCACCCCUGCCCUGACAUAGUGAAUGUAGUUUUUGAAGGGAUUGCCUCUCCAGUACGCCGCCCCCGUGUCAUUAUAGCCUGUACAGGGCAACAAUUUCAGCAAAAAAAAUCCCCAUACUUAGUCAUUCAUGGGAACUUACAGUUUUGAAAUACUAGCAUAAAAUGAAUAGAAAAGCGUUAGUGAUGGGGUGAUUUGAACUAUGUAUUGUUAGGCAAGGGAAAUGAAACUGCAGAAACUGUUAAAUUGAACGUAAAGAACUUUGUAGAACGAUUUUAACACUAGAAACAAGGUAGCCUCUCUUUUCCUCUUCUCCCCCAACCCGUUACCUAAUGUUCUAUAGUCAGUUGUCACAGGUAAAAAAGCUCAUUAAUGCCACAUUUGCUUAUUCUGUUCAACCUGUUUUGACCUCCCAGGCAUCUGAGGAGGAUGACAUAAUCUUAUCUCUUACUUUGCGUACACACGUGUGCGCGCACGCACACACACACAGAGUACACAGCACUUUUCCUGUUUUAGAAAAUAUGUCCCUGUUUUGGGUUACUGCUGUCUGUACAACUAAAAAUUUCUGACAUAAAGGAGCUUUAGUGAAUGGCUUAGGGACUGCAUGGAAAGGAGGAAAAAUUAGCUCCAAAGUUUUAUUGUUUGUUUUUGUUUCUUUUUCUUUUUUUGUUUCAUUUUUUGUUUUUUAAAUCCUUCUCUAGUGACUGAAGAAUUUCUGAGUACAUAAUAUUUAGGUCAUGGUUAAGGAAUAUUAAAAUAGACUUACAGUUUACCAGAAUUUAGUAAAUCAGAGAGUGUCAAUUUGCAUCGUUUGCAUAUUGAUCUCAAGUCUCCCAAUUGAAGUGUGUAAAGUAAAAAUAUUAGUGCAACAUAGUACAGUUGUCUUUGUACUUAAUAUUCAGGAUGUGAUAUUUACAAAAUGCAGAACAGUUUAAAUUCAUUAAUUAAGUCACAUUCCAGAUUAGGAGAAAGAAAGCAAUAAUAAUCUCUGUUUUGCCCCCAUUCUAUUGUCCGCCCCUCCGCGCCCCAACCCCAAAUCGUACACUUUUUUUUUUUUUUUUAAAUGCUUUCCCACAGUCCUUGCCCCAAAAACCAUAAGAAACUUACUUCACUAUUGUUCAUUUUUCAUUUCUGGCUUUUUUGUGGCCCAAGACAAAUAUAGGGUUAAUAUCUGUGUCCCAGUUUCAGACAAGACAAUAUCAUGUCCUUCCAUCUUCCCCCUUUUCUUCCAGCACACACACAGCUAAGAGAUAAGGCUGCAAGAAUCCAGGGAUAAAGAGUAAGUUCUCAAGCCAAGAACCAAUAGGAAACAGAAAUCAUGGUUGUGCUCCAAAUGUUCAGCACCCUGGGCAAUCCAGGGGGUGAGUUUAGAAAGACUUAAUGCCCAGCCAUUCCAUUCCCCACCUUAGUGCCAGGGCUGAGGGCUGUCUGCAUGCUGGAAGAGGUUGGAUGUUUCAGAAUUGACUCCAUGCUAAAUAUCAAUUACCAAUUUUGAUUGAUGAAAGUGAUUUUUCUGCUGCGGCCCUUUCCUGUAAGAAAGGCUUUUCUCCAUGGUUUUUGCAGUUGGACAGACUGUGACCAGGAAAGGAGGAAAGGCAUCAGGGAUUUUCAAGUCCAUUCAGAAAGCAAACCAUAUUGUGCCUCUUCAUCUUGACCCAGGCUCUUACAGAUAGGUUCUAAGCAUUGCUGUUCACCAGAUUCUCUUCACAAAUAGUACUCAGCUAAAUAUUUGCAUUUAGGAAUACUUGUAAAACAAAAAUGACCAACUAUGUAUACUGCCUCAAUCUUGACCAGAUGAGAAAACAGUUUUAAAUUAUCUCAGAUUGGUAGUAAAUUGAAUACCAGUCUAUUUUUCAGUUUGUUUCAAAACAGUUGUUUCAAGUAGAAAGCCAUUCAUUCUAUAAGCUGAAUAGAAAAA